AUGGAAUAUGGGAUCUGGAGUUUUCACGCCGCGGGUGAACUUUGGGGUGACCCACGUCUCGCCCGAAGGCACCCGAUUUUACCACCAAGCGCGACACAGUUGCUGCCGAGGGCUGCAUUCGCCCUGAGCGGCCUCCACCGGCCGGAUAUGGUGCCGUUACCGUUGACUUCCGCCGGCCCGCCGUAUGGGCCUAUGGAACUGGUGAUGAAACGGGAUGGCGAACGGGAGGAAGAGAAGAACGAAGGGAAGGCCGAGGAGAAGGAUGAUGAGAAACAGGACGACAACGAAGGGAACAUCGAACGAGCAGAUGAAAAUGAUAAUCAGACCCCCAUACGAAAAGAAAAUAACGACAAUGAAGACGCCGGGGAAGAAAGCGAUACGGGAAGUACGAACAGCUCGCACCGUUCGGCCAAUAAUAAUUUAUCGAUGAAGCUGCUCAAUCCCAUGGCCUAUCUGACUUUCGACAAGGAUGGAACAGUUACACCGGUUUUAAAUAGCUGGGUCCUCGAUGCCUACACCACUUGGCUUGGAAAACUUUCAGCAGCGACUGCGGCUCUUGAGGCUACAGAAAUCCCAAACAUUCCGUCUGAUAGUGACUCCGAGAGUGAGCAUUCGUCUUACACUGAAAAAUCUAGAGGUAGCAGUCCAAACGUCAGCAACGCGCAUCGCGGUUACUCCUGUGGUUCCUGUGACGUGGUUGCACCGACGAGGCCAGCUCUGCGAAAGCACAUUGUCGAUUGUCAUCCACCGGUACCAAGCGCGGAGACUGGAGAAACGAAAAGUUGUCCGUCCUCGGGCUGCGACUUCGCCACGAAUAGCAGAUGCGAAAUGGAAACCCAUGUGGCUGCGCAUGUGGCACAAGGGAUGACACCAACAGGAAAGAAGCGAUCUCUGGCAUUGCAACGCGUCAGGUAUAGAUAUGAAAGGGAAGAGUAUCGAUGCUCGUUGUGCUCGUACGCCUGCACCAUCGAGAAGGCAUUCCAAAGGCAUUUGAGGGCACACGCGAAAGGUACCGCGCCGGAAACAAGAGUGAGCUGCGCCGUGUGUGGCGCGGACAGAUCGUCGGAAGUCGAUCUGAGCAGACACAUGAGAAGGCAUCGCGAUGACCGAUACUUCUGCUGCGACAUUUGCAUCUUUCGCACGGUGCAGUUAAAAAAGCUCAUCCAACAUCGACGAAUGCACACGGGGGAGAAACCACACCUUUGUCCGCAUUGCGCGUACAGGAGUGCACGUCGUGACAAUCUGCGUAGCCACGUAAGGCGAGUGCACAAGAAAGAGAAUUUGUAUUGCGAUACGUUCAGUCCACGCGGGAUGCUGCUGAUGCCCACGAUCGGAAGGGAUACUCCUUUGGUACAGAGCCCAGAAUCCUCGCCAUCCUCCAACUCGGAGUCCACGAACUAGUGAAGCAAGUGAAGCAAGA